AUGGAACCAGCCACUGAUAGCGAGCAAGCCUCACAGGUGCCAGCAAAAGUUGUCAAAAAGGAGAAGCGCUUCAAGUGUCCGCACUGUCAACGACUCUUCGCCAGACUCGAACACUUGCAGCGGCAUGAACGAAUUCUUAGGCAUGAGCGAUUGACCCAUCGCAAAGCGCAGGAUAACCAACAGAAUGCGCAACCCAUCAUCAGUACAGAAGAAAUGUCUGACGAUGCAGCAAUCCGACCGCACAAGCGUAUGCGAGCGAGCAUUGACGCUGGCCGCCCGGUUCCGGAAAUCCGGAGUAUGAUGUCGCCGUCCACAGCUACAGACGUCCAAUCGAUACAUCAGCAAUCCACUGCAUCUCUUGCGUCCAUGACCUUUGGACACAACAGCGAAUUCUCCCUGACCGCACUUUCCAUGGCAGCCGAGGCGGCUGAAUAUCAGGCACUGCAUGGGAAUAUGGCAGACACCGCAUCCUCGCGUGCCCAACUGCCAACCCCGAUGCCAUCACAGCCGGGAACUGUAGCGGUCACCUUGGAAGAUUUCGCAACGUCGCUACCGGCUGAGAAUCCCUUUCAAUUCCAAGCGUCCAGCUUUUCCGAGUCGCUCGAUAGUCUGACGUAUUUCCUUGACAGCGAACCAUUCAAUUCUUACCAUUUCACGUCCUUGAUCAACACCGAGCAGCCCAUGCCCUUUUUCUCGCCGGACUCUUUCUCCUACGGUCAGGAGAACUUGCAGGAGACUGGAUACGCUGCAGCACCUGCACCUGGAUGGCGACAAGCUCAAAUGGAAGAGCCACAUUCGCUCUCUCGCUUCGGUUCGCGAUUUCCAUCAUUGCAGCCAGAAGAUUUGAACUCCGAAGAAGGAACUCGUAAAAGACCCAUCUCGGACAUCUCUCACGAUGACAGACAGAGAGUCGUUGAAAUGCUCAGCGAAUUCUCCAAUGUCGUGGCAAGUGACUUCAGGCUACCCACCAGAUUAGCUCUUUGCAGGUAUAUCACUGCCUAUAUCAAUGGGUUUCAUGAGCAUAUGCCAUUCCUUCAUAUUCCCACAAUGUCCGUCAACUCGUGCUCUAUUGAACUUAUCCUUGCUCUGGCGGCCGUUGGUGCGCAGUAUACCUUUGAGGGCGAGAAGGGUAUUGAGUUGUUCAACGCUAGUAAAGCGAUCGCUACGCAUCGCAUUAAGAUGAGAGAUGCACGCCUCGUCCGUCUCCAGAAACAAUUCGAUGUUGAGCGAGCAUCGGAAUUGGACUUUGACCGCGCAUCCCAAGCGCAUAGCCCGGUUCGAGUUGGCUCGGUAUCUGGACCAUUGGGCUUGCCGCAUGAUGCUGAGACCAUUACCAUUGGUGAAGACCUUAUGCAGACCGCCCAGGCACUACUCUUGCUUAUGGCCUUGUGUACCUGGGCAAAGCACAAAGAAAUCCUCCGGGAAGCAUUAGCCAUUCAGAGCAUACUAGCGACGUUGAUUCGUGACGAUGGUUUGCAAAAUGAGCGCCUUACAGAAGAUCUGUCGUGGACCGACUGGAUCAGGCGCGAGUCGACAAAGCGAACCAAGUUCAUUGUGUACGUGUAUAAUAUUCCUCCUUUCAUGCUGACAUCGGAAAUCAAAUUGACGCUGCCUUGCAGUGCAGCUGAGUUCAAAGCACCAACUGAAGCAUUAUGGAGAGAAGCUAGGGCCAAGUCAAAGCCCGAAAUACAUUUCCAAGAUGCCUUGAAGCGGCUGUUCAGUAAAGACGGGCGAGACGUGACGGAACACAACUCGUCGUCCGGCAACUACGUUUUGAUACAUGCAUUAAUUCAGCAAAUAUUCUUCCUGCGACAAACGGCUCGCUGCCGUUACGAUGGACCGGGAGACUUGAGUUCGGAGGAUGUAGCGUCACUCGAACUUGCCCUGAGAAACUGGCAACUUGGCUGGCGUCGAAAUAGAGAGUCCUCGCUCGAUCCUUUGAGCCCGAACGGUCCAGUUGCAUUCAACUCCACAGCUCUUCUACGGCUAGCAUAUAUCCGGCUCUACGUGGACACUGCAGGAAGAGCAUUGGAAACACGUGAUCCACUACUGAUCGCGAAUGCUUUUCGCGCGGGGCCUAUGAUUAAGCGCUCGCCCAAAAUCACUAGAGCGGUACUGCAUUCAGCCCAAGCGCUGUCAAUACCAAUCAAGCUUGGCUAUCGAUUAGUCUCAAAGACACAAUCUUUCAUCUGGUCAAUCCAGCAUUCGCUUUGUACUCUGGAAUGUGCGUAUCUUAUGAGUAAAUGGCUCGAGGCACUGUCCUUGCCUAAUCCAGACCCGCCAGUCACCGAAGAUGAAAAGAAAAUAAUCGCUAUUGUCAAUAGCAUGCUAGAAGAAACAGAGUUUGCGGUUCCACCAGGAAUUCCGUCUGAUUCCCCCAAUUUCACAAAACAUCUGAACGCAGGGGUGCUACGUGUAUGGGCGACCAUUUUCAAAGGCACUCAAACAUGGGCUAUUGUGGAUGUGAUUGGCGUAUCGCUCAAUCUUUACGCCAACAUGCUCGAGUCGGAAUGA